AUGGUAGAAGAAAAAGAGGUAUUCAUGCAAGUCCAUGACUAUCAUUUAUUGAUAAAAGACUUGAAAAAUGAAGAAAUAAUUCUUCCUGAAACUUUUGUGGCUGGCUGUUUAAUUGAGAAACUUCUAGAUUCAUGGAGAGAUUAUAAGAAUAGUAUGAAACAUAAGCGGAAGCAAAUGAGCUUAGAAGAUGUGAUAGUACAUAUUAGGAUUGAGGAGACGAAUAGGCUUAGAGAUAAAGCCGAUAAGGCCAAGGAAUUGACAUCCAAGGCUAAUGUUGUUGAAAACCAAGUGGCUCCUCCUCAACCUAAGAACAAGAAAUCAUACAGAAAAACUGGAGACAACAAAAAUCCUCCUAAAGCCAAUCUGGCUAAGGGAGAUGAUGUUAUUGCUGUUGUGGUUGUCUCACAAGUGAACAUGAUUGCUCAAAAGAAAGAAUGGAUAAUUGAUUUUGAGGCCAUAAAGCAUAUUUGCGGAGAUAGAAAUUCUUUCUAUGAAUACAUACCAGUGAAGGAUGGAGAAGAAUGUGUUUACCUUGGUGAUUCUCGCUCUACUCUUGUUGGAGUCAAAGUCUCCUUUGAGGGUGAAAAAAUUGUAAUGUCCAAAAAUGAGGCUUUUGUUGGGAAGGGGUAUUGUUCUGGAGAGCUAUUGAACUCAAUAUUCUUUGAGAAUGUUUUUCCUAAGAAAAUAAAUUAUGAAAAGACUUUACCUCAAAAUGAAACUUUGGAGAGUUCUCCUCAAAAUGAAACUCUUUGGAAUUCUUCUGAAAGUUCAGAGUUAGAAAUAAGGAGAAGUAAGACAGUAAGAAAAGCCAAAAGUUUUGGUGAUGAUUACUAUGUCUUUCUUACAGAGAAUGAUCCUCAGACUUAUGAAGAAGCAAUGACUUCUCGUGAUGCAUCCCUUUAG